GUGGAAGGGGUUAGGAGAUAGUCACCUUUUGCAUUGGCUCGCCAUCUGACCGCUCUAUAAGCGAGGCUCUUCCUUGAAAUCAGCUGUUCAGUUAUCUUUGGAGUAGAAGCCAAUAGUAUAUAAGCUGUGAACAGCCUCAUUACCAACCUUUUUCUCAUCGCGGCGGUCAGUGUCUUCAACACUAUCCUCCACGAUGGAGUUCACCAUGCGGAACAUCAAUUUCUCUUCGACGACAAACGACAUCAUCAUCGGCCUCGCAGAGAUCCUGCACGGCCCAAGCUAUACCACUUUCUCUCCGGCACCAAUAAACUUUCAUGUUCGUUUAUUCAAAGACAAGAGGGGGACCAGGAAACAUAGUGGGUCAGGAGCGUUAACUCUUCCGACAACGAGUGUUGGUGACGAAUUCCUCCGUGAAUAUGGGGAUCGAGGACGCAAGAAGUUCUCUGUGGGGUCCCGACAAGUCAAAUUCUGCGUCAGUAGAAAUGGCCCACGAGCAGAUAUCGUGGAAAGUAUUACACGAACACCGUAUCUCGAUCCCAGGGCCGUAGAAGAGCAGAACUGGCGUACGAGGAAACUCGAGAGAGAAUCCGUUCUCAUCAGGACCAUUCAAUUUGGAUGGGAUUGUCGCGACUACGUCUUUUCCAUAGAGUGGGAGAAAACUUUUCCGAACUCGUGUUGUACGCUUUCAUUCGACAACGAACGUCGGGAAAUCCGAAUCAGGAUCACAGACACUUCGCCCCCUCUGGCGAUCGUGACGCGGUUAUCGAACAUUUCAGAGGUCUCAGUACACCAGUACUUAACCUCUAACAUAAUCUUCUUCUCUUUUCUAGUACCGCCGUCGUUCGAAGAAGAGCACAGUCCCCGGCGGCGCCUACAAGCACUUCCUCUCGACGAUCAUGACACCGUUGCUCCUUUCACUUCCCAUUCCCUUCGUCUUCUUUGUGACAGUGUUGAUGAACUACAGAAGUUUCAUGAUCUUAGCCGGACGGCUCAAUUUCACAACAUUAGUAACACGGAAUAUCCUGCUGAUAGGCGAGGACUUUUUUCUUCCCAUUUGUUGGACGAUCUUGCUCGGUGGAAAAGGUACUUCCACUGGAGCAUCGCUUUUCAAAUCGAAGCUCUCGUUCAAAACUUGGUGCUAGACGCCAAAGAGAUGCUUGGUUUGAUGCCAGACAUACAGCGAAUAUUUUUAGUGGAAGGGAAGGAGUACACUGCAUUAUUUCUUCGAUAUUUCCGUCCCCGUGCCGAGGCAUUAUUUUCUGACGAGACGUCGGUUCCCGCGGAGACAGAUGAAGCGGUUCUUCAUUGCUUCAUGCUUGCGGAGCAGGAGUACAAAGCACAGGCCAAAGCUCCGUCUUUGAAGCCUACCGACGGAAGUCUCUUUGAAUCACUCCAUAUCAUCAUUACUCCAACCAGGAUGAUCUUAGAAGGUCCUUAUCCAGAACGCUCUAAUCGUGUUAUUCGCACCUAUAGCAUAGCAAACCACGAAUCUUUUUUGCGUGUCAGUUUUGCAGAAGAAGAUCGGCUUCAAUAUAGAUUUGACAGGGAAGUGGAUGGCCCCGCUCUCAUUCGUCUCAGAGUGGGCACCUUUCUCCUGGAUGGUCUGCACAUUGCACACCGGCGGUUCACCUUUCUUGCGUACUCACAGUCAGCGCUCAAAGAGCACUCUGUCUGGUUCGUUAAACAUUUCAAAGAAAAGGGUGUUCCAAUAGACGCCACCACCAUCAUCAACAGUCUCGGAACGUUUGAUGGGGAACUAGUGCGUUGUCCGGCACGGUAUGCGGCCAGAUUAUCACAAGCCUUCACUGCUACCGAUGCGACGGUAACCGAGAUCGAGGAAAUCAUCCGAAUUCCUGAUAUUGAAAACGAUAGAUACUGUUUCACGGAUGGUGUCGGUACACUUUCCUUGGAGAUGGCGCGUGACAUUUGGUCGGAUUUGAAAUCACUGAAGCAGCGAAGACGGAAGAACAAAUCACAGCCGCGUGCUUUUCAAGUACGAUUUAUGGGAUCAAAAGGAAUGCUGUCAGUUGACUACAAACUCCAAGGGAAAACAGUCUGUUUGCGCCCCUCGAUGAUAAAAUUUGAAGGGACCGAGUCUCGGAACGUCGAAAUCGCGAGGGCCUUCGAUAAGCCUGGUCUAUACUAUUUAAAUAGGCCCUUGAUCAUGCUUUUGGAGGAUCUGGGCGUUCCUUACGAAGUUUUCAAAGAGUAUCAAGACAAAGCUGUUCGGGAGGUUCAUGAAGCUAGGGAAACCUUAGAGAAGGCCGCGCGCAUGCUGGAAAGUUUUGGUCUUGGCAGCUCGUACCGACUCACUUCGGUACUCCUCGGUCUUCAUAAACUCGGCGUCGACAACAUGUUCAACAGCGAAUUCUAUCAAAAGAUGAUAACGGUGGCUAUGCAUGAUGUCCUUCGUCUUCUUAGAAAUCAUGCUCGAAUUCCCAUACCCGGCGCCUGGACACUCGUAGGUGUUGCGGACAUCCAUCAAGCUUUGAAGGAGGGAGAGAUCUUUGCGUGCAUCAAGUCACAGGAUUCCGCGAAAAGGAUAUACCUUGAAGGCCCUGUGCUUAUAUCCCGCUCCCCCACGAUUCAUCCUGGGGACGUAAGAGUGGUACAUGCCAUCGGAGGACCCCCAGAGGGUUCGCCAUUUGCUGCAGAACCCCUUCCUAACACUGUUGUUUUCUCAACGUCGGGUGAGUGCCGUUUUCCUCUAUCCAAGUUAUUUGACGAUUCAUUUACAGGUGCACGACCUCUUCCGAGUAUGCUGGGUGGAGGGGAUCUAGAUGGAGAUUUAUACAAUCUUAUUCCUUUGAAUUCUAUGCCAAGGUUCUACCCCACCAAAAAUUACGAUCCCGCGCAAUACGAUCCGGCCCCCAAACGCUCGCUCGACCGUCCUAGUACAAUGGCGGACGUUGCGGAAUUUGUGAUGGAGUACAUCAACAGUGAUGUCCUUGGUAUCAUUGCAAUCAACUGGCUUAUAAUUGCAGACCAGAGCCCUCGAGGAGUUCUUGAUCCAGAUUGCAUAAAGCUGUCUGCUUUACAUAGCGAUGCCGUCGACUAUCCAAAAUCAGGUCAACCCGUUGCCCUUGGUGCUAUACCCAAGCUGAAAUUCCGCGCCAAACCUGACUGGAACGCGCCCGAGACCGUCGGGCCUUCCUCUACCAACUACUAUCACAGCUCACGAGCCAUUGGCCGGCUGUUUCGUGCGAUAGAACUUCCUGCCAUUGAAACCGCGCCAAAUCGCAGGCGCCGUACAAGAGGAAGCGGAAAUACAGAUACAGGGCACCAAGAUUUAGAUGAAAUUUCUGACGCUCUCUCGAAUCUUGAUUUUGAGGAUGAUGCUGUUCUUGCAGAAAUCGGAGAGCGUGUUUCACAAUUUAUUGAGACCACGGGGGGAUCUCUAGAAGAGCUGGAGUAUCUAGUCAGGAUCUUUCGUCGCUACCAAGCAGAGCUUCACGGCAUCUGCACGAGCUACAGUCUUUCGCAUCGUGGUGCGAACCUGUCGGAGGAAGAGGUUGUUAUUGGCACUAUCACUCAGAAGACAUCACAACCUCGCAAAAGAAAAGCCCUCACUGCCAAACUCCGUGAGCAAACGGACGUUUUGGUACGUGGCGUCCGAGAAGAGCUGGGAGGAGACGAAGAUGUACCUCUCGAAGAGGCUUUGCAAAGGGGAUGGCUAGCUUGGGAGCUUUCACUGACGGAACAGAAGUCAUUUGGGGCUCAGAGUUUUGGGUUGGUUGCCCUGGGUUCGAUUUUCGAAUCCAUCAGAGAAAUCGAAGAAAGGGUGAGGGAAGAUCUGAGGAACAGAGGGUACUGAUACCAGUCAAGGUGAAUGCCAAGUCGCAUUAACGGAUUCACAUGAGAAAAUAUAUCAUACAAAACAUCCACACGGUACGAAAUAGCCACCAUCCAUCUCCUAUGCUUGAUUACGCAGAACUAGUGACAAUAUGUUAGCUCAGUGUUACUUAGAAACGCGAAAAAAAGUACUCAGAAUAACGGAAUCACCG